UUUGCCAUAGAAGGUGGGGUUGCUCUAUUACCAGGAGAACGCAACCGCUUCCCACAUGACCAGCCCUCACAGCUAAUCCCAGUUGAUGAUGCUGACAGGCUCUGAAUCAGCGGACGCCGAGAAGCAGCCUUCCUCCUAUCUGCAUGGAAACUGGACAAGGGAUGAAUAACAGACGGGGAGAAAGAGCAAAGUUGGUUAUUUUUUUGGCACAUGGAUGCAAUUAUGCGGCGCGCAUUCCAGAGGCGUUACUUUGAGUCCUGAGCAGGUCUGCUUGCCAUUCCUGAGUGGGAAGACAUUUAAAAAAAGGAAGAGAAGUCUCUCUCUCUCUCUCAGAGACGGAAUGUCUGCGCUUUCCAUCCUGUUUCUAGCAUCCUGUUCAGCUUGGAUGUCGCAAGCACAAACUGAAUUUAAAAGAGUGGCUGAAGCCAAUGUGACGCUGCCCUGCCAUCACCGGCUGCACCUCCUGGAGUCCACAAGCCUUGACAUCGAAUGGCUGCUGAAGGAUUCAGAGGCCGAACCCAAAGUGGUGAUCACUUACGCAGGAGGCAACAUCUACAAUGACCUGAUUGAAGAGCAAAAAGGCCGUGUUUCUUUUGCCUCCAAUUUUCAAGAUGGAGAUGCUUCUUUGGAUAUUUCCCUCUUGCAGCCAAGUGACGCUGGGCAAUACACCUGCAAAGUUAAAAACGCUGGACAAUAUGAGUGGAGCCAUAUCACUCUGAAGGUUCUGGAAAAACCUUCCAAACCCAAAUGCUGGAAAGAAGGAGAGAUGUCUGAAGGAAAAGAAAUUGCCUUACAGUGCAAUGCGAUCUCUGGGACAAUGCCUAUAAUGUACACAUGGCAACGUAUCGAUGAGGAAGGGAAAAUUGGGUCCUUGCCACCCAUGGCCCAUAUCAACCUUUCCAAUCCUGCGCAAAUUUUUAUGAAAAACCUCACUUGGGUCGCCACAGGUUUAUACCAAUGCACUGCCUCCAAUGAAGCAGGGCAGGAGAACUGUGUGGUAGAGGUGACAGUUCAAUAUGCACAAAAUUUUGGAAUAAUUGCCGGAGCAGUCUGCGGAGUCAUGGGAGGUCUGGCCCUGAUUUUCCUGGUCGUGUGGCUAACCAUCAAGAGAAAAGAGAAGAGGAAAUAUGAAGAAGAAGAAGCUCCAAAUGAAAUCAGAGAAGACGCUGAGGCCCCCAAAGCUCGCUUAGUCAAGCCGGGGUCUUCCUCUUCUGGAUCCAGGAGUUCCCAUUCCGGGUCCUCCUCAACCAGGUCAACGGCAAAUAGUGCCUCCCGCAGCCAACAGACGUUGUCCACCGAGGCCACCCCACACAUAACCCCCACGCAACACAGCCACCUGGAGAUGGACGGCAGGGAAACAGAGCCCAAGAAACCCAACCCGGCCAAUGUCAUCAAGGCAGAAGCCACAGCAAUGAUGGCUCCGGCCCAAAGUCGCGCUUUCCAGACAGUUUGAUUGCUCCCCGCCUGUCCAGACUCCGUUGACAGCGCCUACAACUCACACGUACCACCAGCAUUGUAUAGUUAGGUUAGUUCGUUGAUUUUUUUUCCUACACUCAACACAUCACACAAGAGCUCAAAAUAUUUUUUUUCUGCACCAUUUCUACAUCAAGGUACAGACGCAGACUUGAAAAACACUGGUUUUAAUUCAAUUUUUAAGUUUUUUUGUUUGCUUUGGGAUGGAAGAAAAGGGAAUUUUGAAAUUGCAGGUUGUAAUAUGCUGGAGUCUUCAAUCUGUUAUUUCUUUUUAAAGAGAUGGAUAAAAUGUAUAAUAUUCCAAUGGAACCUUAAGAAGGGACUUAUUUCAUAUAGCUUUCCACAAAUUGUAUACAUCUCCUCAGCAGUUUGACCACUUUAAUACUGAUAAAGCUUAUUCUGGUCUGCUUCAAAAGGGAAUUGACAGCUACUUUACAUGUAGCUUUUUGUUGAAUUAUAAAUGCUUUAUCUCACAGCUAACCCUGUCUUCUUGUAAGUCAGUGGCCUAAGUUUUAUUUUCCCCUUUACAAGAAAGGAAGUUACAUUUCGUCCUCUCGGAAACACCAAGAGUGAUUCAUUUUUGCAGUUCCCUUAAUUCACACAAUGCAGAUUCAUAACAUGGAGAAUGUCAAACACAAGAUUAAUGGAUCACGGAAAUGCUGAUUCCAUCAAACACUUAGGAAAUGAGUUACCUGUGUGUUUACUGUAGCAAUCCAUUAACAAAGACAAUCUACGCAAAACAGAGACUGUUCGGGCAAGCUGCAUGAUACCCACAAAGCAGUGUUUGAUUUAAUUAUUCUUGAUGUUAGAUGCACCAGCCAAAUCUGCUGAUCUUUCAUGGACUCUGCAAUUGAAGAAAGCCAUAAAUGACUUUAUACUUCCAGUUUCACAGACACCAAAAAAGGGGCAAAGGUGGAAUAAAUGAUUUUCAUGACCACAAGGCAUUUCUCUCUGAAAGGGAAUGUUAAAGGCAAUGACUUUGGGAGUCAACGCUACUUCAGAAAGGGAAGAGUGCGAACUUUGUGAAAAAACAAACAUUACUUUGUAAAAUAUUCUGUUUAAAGGAUUUACUGUUAUCCUGUAUAGAAACUGCUAUUUAGUGUUGUUGCAUACAUUUUCUCUCGUUUUAUUUCUUGAUUGGUAUACUGAGGUUACUUCUCUUCAACCAGCUACUUUAGGUGUAGUUGUGCUCGGAAGAGCAAAGCAAAAGGGAAGCAAAUAUUUAUUAUAGAUUCCUUUGAAUCAACAUUUUAGUAAGAUUGUUUCGUUGUUGUUUUUAAAUAAAGAGGCUGCAUAACAGCAGCUCAACCAAA